CUCCUGUAUUUAAGAACAUUUACAACGGCAUAACGUUACAGUCAAUCCACUCAUGUUUCGAAGAAAGUAUCAACUCCAUCUUUUAAGAAGAUGGACACAGCGUUACUUCAAACAUCAAUAGUAUUGCAUUUAGCACUACAGGCAUUGUCACAGUUUCCUGCACCAGGACAAUAUGCCUAUCCACAAAUGCAUGGACAGAUGGCGGCUCAAGUGCAGUACCCGAUGGUCCAUGCUGGACCAAUGCCGAUGAUGCCAGGCCAACCAAUGCCUCUGCACGCUCCAUACCCAGUAGGUCAACAACGCAUGCCUCUAGUUGUUAUGCCAUACCAUAGCAAAGCUGCUGAUAGAAAAUACAAACGUCGCCGAAGACCCAAGAAGAAGUAUUACAAAGAUUCGUCAUCCAGCUCUAGCAGUAGCGAAAGUUCUUCAUCCAGCAAGGAGGAUUUGAGGUCGCGAAAAAAGAAAAAUAAACACAAAAGGAAGCAGCGGCAGGUCCUGACUCCUGUGAUCUCUUACAUGACAAGGAAUGGAGAUGUAGUAUACCAGAAGAAAAUAAAGAAGGACAACGCAAGAGAUUGGCUCGAACUGAGCCAAAGUAAAGUGCCGGCUAAAUUGGAAGAUAGCAAAGAGAUCAAUGAUAGCCAGGAGAUGACUAUGCAUGACUUAAAAAAGAAAUUCGGCCUGAAACGGAACCAUAAACAUAAACAUUAAUUUUUUAUAUUUUUAUACCCUUUAAUAAACUGAAAUUUAAAAAUAUAAAA